AUGGGCGUACAAGGAGUUAGCUUCAUCUCGCUCGUCACGCCGGACUCGCAGAAGUUCCGCAACACUAUCGACUUUUACCUUAAAUUGGGUUUCAAGUUGGUCAAGAACUACUCCAAAAUCUCCAGCAACGGAGCAGCAUCAGCGGCUAACAAACCUCAUUUGCAGUUGGGAAUUGCCAAUGACUCGUUGAAGGAGGUGUGGUUGGAAUCGUUUCCCUUGCAGAACGUCGACUCGGCCGGCAAUAUCAUUCCCUGGCAGGAGUUGGACUUCUAUGAUGGAGACAAAACGGCACAAUUGGGACAGAGCACGGUGAUCAAGAUCAGAUUGUCUAGUUUGGAGAGCGACAAACCAAUUUGUGAGCUGAUUGAGUUUUUCCUGACUCAGUUGGCUCUUUUGGAAGCGUCGUUGAAAUCGUUGCAGGUGACCUACGAGUCCAACAACGGUAAGAUCACUACCUCGGAUCCAUUGGGCAAUUCAUUGACAUUCACGAACCAGGAAACCGAUCUCUCGGACCUUAAGUUUGACUCUCCUGAGAGCUAUUUGGACUUCCGCACGCAAGACCUUUUGAAGUCCUUGGAAUCUGAUAAACCCGCCAAGGACUUGCUGGAGGUAUCCGUGGAAGAGAAAAAGAAGAAGAAGAAGAUUGCCGUGAUGACCUCAGGAGGAGACUCGCCAGGUAUGAACCCCGCUGUGCGUGCCGUGAUUCGUUCCGGUAUUUACUAUGGCUGUGAUAUGUUUGCUGUUUACGAAGGUUACGAAGGAUUGGUGCGUGGAGGUGACUUGUUGAAGCAGAUGCAAUGGGGAGAUGUUAGAGGAUUCCUCUCGUUUGGUGGUACCAAUAUCGGUACGGCCCGGUGUGCUAAGUUCCGCGAACGUUCCGGACGGUUGGAUGGUGCAUACAACAUGGUGGUCAAUGGUAUUGAUGCAUUGAUUGUCUGUGGAGGAGACGGUUCUUUGACGGGAGCAGACUUGUUCCGUGAAGAAUGGCCAUCCUUGAUCGAUGAGUUGGUUGACACCGGUAGAUUGACAAAUGAAGAGGUGGCACCAUUCCGUCAUUUAACCAUUGUGGGUUUGGUGGGCUCCAUCGACAACGAUAUGGCCGGAACCGAUGCCACCAUUGGUGCAUACUCAUCUUUGGAGAGAAUUUCCGAGAUGGUGGACUACAUUGAUGAAACUGCCGCAUCGCACUCGCGUGCUUUCGUAGUUGAAGUCAUGGGCCGUCACUGUGGAUGGCUUGGUUUGAUGUCUGGUUUGUCCACCGGUGCAGAUUACAUCUUUAUUCCCGAGAGACCUCCAAAGCAUGGUCAAUGGCAAGAUGAUCUCAAGAAAGUUUGCUCUCGUCACAGAGGCUAUGGCAAGAGAAACACCACUGUGAUUAUUGCAGAGGGUGCUAUUGAUGACGAAUUGGAGCCCAUCACUGCUGAACACGUCAAGAACGUCCUUGUGGAGUUGGGUCUCGACACAAGAAUCACCACUUUGGGCCACGUGCAGAGAGGUGGAACUGCCGUUGCUUAUGACCGUUUGUUGGCCACCUUACAAGGUGUCGAGGCCGUCAGAGCCGUCUUGGAAAGCACCCCAGAGACUCCGUCUCCAGUUAUUAGUAUCUUGGAGAACCAUCUCGUCAGACAACCAUUGGUUGACUCUGUUCGUAAUACCAAACAGGUUGCAGAGGCCAUUGAAGCCAAGGACUUCGACAGGGCUAUGAGCUUGCGUGACUCUACAUUCGCCAGUGCAUACCUGACGUACCAACUGAUUUCGCUCCACGAUGACGGAUCUCAGCUUUUGCCAGAGUCCGAAAGAUUGAACAUUGGUAUUGUCCAAGUUGGAGCUUCGUCAUCUGCUUUGAAUGCCGCCACCAGAGCUGCUGCAUUAUACUGUUUGUCAAAGGGCCACAAGCUUUUCGCAGUUCAAAAUGGUUUCACAGGAUUGAUUCACAACGGUGACCUCAAGGAGCUUAAAUGGAUGGAUGUUGACGGCUGGCACAAUAAAGGUGGAUCGGAAAUUGGAACCAAUAGGUCGUUGCCAAGUGAAAACUUCGGUAACGUCGCCUUCUACAUGCAAAGAUAUCAAUUGAACGGAUUGAUGAUCGUUGGUGGAUUUGAGGCCUUCACUGCAUUGCACGAGUUAGAGGCACACAAGCACGAAUAUCCAAUCUUCAACAUUCCAAAGGUUGUCAUUCCUGCCACUGUUUCCAAUAACGUUCCAGGUACCGAAUACUCGUUGGGAUCGGACACUUGUUUGAACCAAUUGGUCAACUAUUGUGAUGCCGUUAAACAAUCUGCAUCGGCCACCAGAAGAAGAGUGUUUGUGGUGGAGGUGCAAGGUGGAAACACUGGUUAUGUUGCAUCUUAUGCCGGAUUGGUUAUUGGAGCCAUGGCCGUCUAUACACCAGAGCUGAAGAUUACUUUGAAGAGCAUAAGAGAAGAUAUUGACUUGUUGUUCAAUGUUUUCAAGAACGACCGUGGAGAAGACAAGAACGGUAAAAUUCUUAUUAGAAACGAGCAUGCAUCACCAGUGUAUUCUACCGAAUUGUUGGCAGACAUUUUCCGUGAGGACGCCAAGAACAGAUUUGAAACCAGAACUGCAGUGCCAGGUCACGUCCAGCAGGGCUACACGCCUAGUUCUAUGGAUAGAGUUUACGCUGUGCGUUUCGCUGUAGAGUCUGUGAAGUACAUUGAGAGAUGGAGCAAGCGUGUGUUUAACUCUGUGCACCACAAUUCCCUUCACCACUCCGUCAACAACAUUAAGAUGAUUGAUUUGAUGAAUAAGAAGGAGGAGUCCUCGGUGGUGAUUGGCAUCCAAGGAGCACAGUUGAAGUUUUCUGACAUCAAUGCCUUAUAUGAGAAGGACGCUGAUGUAUCCUUAAGAAAGGGCCGCACAAUCCAUUGGUCCAGACUCACCGAAGUUGGAGACUUGUUGAGUGGGCGGUUAUUGUUGAGAGAGCGCCGCAAGCAGUAG